UUAUCGCGUUCCGUAUUUAAUUUUGACACGCCUCUUGUAUAACCACGCCUAUCGAUCAUACCGGAUCCGGAAACAAUGACUGAGCAUGCGUAAAUUCAGGUAGCAUUCUUGUUUGACAGGACAACAAACAAAAAUUGAAAGCGUUUGUUAAAAUGAAUAAAGAAUGAGAAGAUAGCUAGCCACUAUGGAGCCACAGCCACCAAGAAAACCCAAGGAGAAUCGUCCAUUUUAUGCUCCACCCGAGGAUAAACCAAUUGCUGUACAGAUUAUAAAUGAAGCCAGAUCCUCUCUUAAAGAAUUGAAAACUAAAAGACCCUUUACACCACGAGAUGAUAGAAGAACUUUGUUUGGAUCAAGACCUGUGAAUACCUCUGAUAACCGUCCACCUAGUGCUUUUAGCUUAGAUUCCCGACACUUUGAUCCAGAUUCCAGACCAGUUUCAGGAACACGACUGAGUCCUUUAGAUCAUAAACCGUGCAUAUCAACUGUACAAGAAGAUGUUGCAAAGUUGCCGUCAGAAGCCGAGGUUGAGGGUUUGUUGUUGCCACCGAGACCACCGAGCGAUGCCAGUAAACCUAGCAGGAAGGCCCCACGAGCCCGCACACAGCACGCCAACAGUGUAGAGGGUUCUACUGUAUCAGAAUCUCAGAAAUCAAGGAAUGGCACCUUAUCAGACGACUCUCCAUGUAAAGAAAGUGGUCAAAUAACUCCAGAACGUGUCGGCAGUGGGAAUAAAGAGCGGAGUCUAGCUAUAGAAGAAAGGGGUGAAGGUGAUGGAAAGGAAGCUCCGCCACACAGAGCACCAAGUGCGGCAUCUAACACACCUGUUUCAAGUGUGUCUAGUGUUCGUACUGAUGUAGAGGAAAGACUUGGAAGUGGUGGAUCAAAACGUACUGGUCAUGAUGUAGAAGCCAGGGUUGGGAGUGGUGGCUCUAAGCGUGGUGGUCAUGAUACAGACUCUAGAGUGGGGAGUGGUGGAACCAAGAGGACUUCUAGCGCUGGUAGUAGAGGAGGUAGUGCAGGUAAAAGAGAAGAUGACAGUCAGGAAGAGCUAGAGUUUUAUACCAAUCAUAUAUCACCACUACUAGAAUUAAUGGCAGAAUACAGUCAAAAAAAAGAUGUUCAAAAGAUCAUAUCUUUGUCAGAAGAUCUUUAUCAACUUCUGCAGAAAAAUAAUUUAUUGUCCAAAACCUACAAACAACGAUCUAGAAUUCUCAAAUCUAUAUUUAAAAUGUUAGACCUUGAGGAACCACAAUUGUUACUGCAGCUUGCGAGACUCAUUUUGGCAAUAGUAGCAGAAGAUCUGUUCCGUGUUGGUGGUAACAACCUUUUAAAUGUGUGUAAACUUGUGUUCAAAGUCAGCAGAAAUGAGAAAAAUGAUCCUGCAUUUUUAGAUGGCAAUAUAUUAGAAUUACUACUAGAGACAAUGAAUGGUGUUGAUAUUCUAGGAACCCACGAGGCAUUGAUUUACUGUGUUGGGUCUUUAAAAUUCCUUACCGGAAAUGCUACUAUAGCUAAACAAUUAGUACAGAAACAUUGUAUAGAAAAACUUUCCACACUCCUUGACAGUAUUAUUAAAUUGAUUGGAGAGAACAGUCAUAAUCCGGAACAGUUAGGCAAUAUAUUGGUACAGUUGACAGCUGCGUUACGAAACUUGGCUGAUACAGGGUCUAGUCGUGACAAAAUUCUCAACUGUAGAUUAUUGGAUAGUUUAACAUUGGUGUCAGACAGCUAUGCUGGUGACUGGGAAAUUGUCCUCAAUGUCUCCAGAAUAUUCAGUAAAGUCACAUUACAUACAGACUGUUGUAUGGCCUUAUCGGAGAAUGUUUUAUCAUAUAAAGUAUUCCUGCAUCUAUUAAAGAAACAUUUAAAAAGACAGGAUAUUGUAGUACGUGUUUCAUUUAUCCUUGGUAAUAUGACAGCCAAGAAUGAUAAUGCUCGUGUUCAGCUCUUCCAGCAACCUAAGUCACUAGAUAUCCUUCUUACAGUAUUAAAGACACACCUUGAACUUGAUUAUAAGACUCGGAACAAGUUAGAGAAGAAGGAUAAACCAAAGAGUGACGGAGGUAAUGAAGAUACUAACAAACAUGAAGAUGUUCUAGUGAAGAUAGUGAGGGUUAUAGCUAAUGUAUCUAUCAAUGAUGAGGUGGGACCACAAGUUGCAACCAGCAAUCAAUGUGUUGAACUACUCAUUAGAAUAUUAGAAACGAAGGACAUAGAGAGCAGUGAAGAGCUGGUAUUAAACACUGUAGCUUGUAUAAACAAUCUGUCAUACUUUAACUCCAAGCAUAGUGCUAUAACCACACAUCAAAUGAAACUAGUAGACUGUUUAAUGAAGCUUGUGUUAGGGGAAAGUAUGAUGAAAUCUAUCGUAGAAGUUUCCAGAGUGUUUGGUAAUUUGACUGGCCAGAAACAAGUACGAGAUUUUCUACAUCAGCAACAAGUUGAUAAAGUUCUGAUCACUCUGCUGGACUCUGGGGACAAAGAGGUUGUCUAUAUUGCCUGUGGUGUUCUUAUCAACUUUAUGGUGGAUGAAGAGAAAAGACAUGUACUGAAAAAAGAAUCGGGCAUUACAAAAUUGGUAGAGGUAUUACGUGACUUUGGACGUGGAGAUUGGGAGCUGGCAGGUAUGGUGUGUCAGACAUUGUGGAACUACAGUGGUAAAAUCACCAGCAGUAAUGCUUGUUUUGGUCAUAUUGAAGCUCAAGAACUAACCGAGAUCCUUGUGGAUUUCUUAGACAAGGAGAAUGUAUAUGAUUCAGAGUUAACACAGAUGGAUGAAGACUUGCAGGAGUACAUCAUGGAUUGCUGGGAGACACAGUUCUGUCCUGUUGCUGAACAAUUGUUAAAUAGAAUAGAAUCCCAUAAUUCAAACUUUGAACCUCUUCCCUCAGGCGCCAGCUAAUAGUCACCACUAGAAAUUUGCUCCUGGAUUUUAUUGAUAUAAGAUGAGAAAAAAAAAUAGAAAAAAGUAGUGAGAGCUAUGGCUUAUUGUUAAAAGGAAAUUUUUAUCCUUGUUUCUGUGUGGCUAAUUUUAUCUUAUAAUGAAGAAAGUAAAAGGAAAUUUAAGUUUAACAGCUUGUUUCCUUCAAGAUAGGACUUGCUGUGAUCAGUUAGGGAAACAUGAGGAGAAAGGAAUGAGUUUUUUUGUGAAGUAUUGGCAUUAUAUAGAUAUAUAUAUAUAUGUAUUAUAAAAGCUUUAUUUAUUUACACUCCGUCCAUUGUUUACAGAUAGUUUCUUUAUAUAUAUAUUUUUCAAGCUUCAAGUGGCUUAAUUUAGAGGACCAGCAUGAUAAUUGUGAUUUUCCUUUGUCAUGUUUGUCACCAACAUAGAACUAUGUCAGUCUGGACAUCAGUGAAUUAAGAGCAGGUUCUGUGUUGUUGUACCAGGUUCUGUGUUGUUUAGACCAAGUUAUGUGUUGUUUAUUGAUCAGGUGUUGUUGUUAAAAAAUUCUCAAAUUAACAAUGUCGAUGUUUGCAAGAAUAGUACAUGAUACAACAAAUUGGUGGUAGAGGAAUGUUUCUCAACCAGUGAGUAUUGACAUUUGCAGACUGCAGUGGCUUGUAGUUAGAGACGAUUUUUUAAAUUCAUUAAUGCAUCACAUUGUUGUGAAAUUGUAAGUCUUGUAUGCUACACAUACAUACCUUAUUUCUCCUUUUAUAAGUACCCUGGUGUCAGGUAAAACACUCACAAUAGUGGAUUUAUUUGAGGAGAAUAUUUUCAUUUUUUUUUUACUUCUUCACAUUACUUCUAUGUUCUUAAGUGCAAAAAACAACAACAUAUGGUUGUCAGAUAAACGUGACGCAACAUCAACAAUUUCUUGUAACAUCCUUGCAAUUUUUGUUGGGUUAACAUCUGGCCAGACAAUGCCGAAUGUAAUGAAAAAAAUAGGUGCAUUUGCUUUUAUUAAGAGAAAUACAAUAUCCAAUAUAUAUUAGGUAGGUGCUUAUUUACAUGCAUCAUGUUCCAGAAUCCUGUUUUGCUCAUUUUUUACACAUCAUUAAUAAUUUACAUUUAGCUAUGUUGUGUUAUUUUCUCAAGGCCUAUGUCAUAUAUAAGAUGUCUAUGUUAUGCAAAUGUAAGCCAAGCUUGGCCUGCUGUAGGAACUUUGAAAGUUUGUGAUAAAUGUUAAAUUUGUCUAUAUCAGGUACUUUAUAAUGUUUAUUUUUUAUCUUAAACAUUCCAUUGCAUAAUAAU